AUGAAUACCUCUAAUCGGACGAUGAAGUGUGUCGUUGUUGGAGAUGGAGCGGUGGGUAAAACGUGCCUUUUGAUAUCUUAUACAACAAAUAAAUUCCCGUCAGAAUACGUUCCUACGGUCUUUGAUAAUUAUGCCGUAACUGUGAUGAUUGGCGGAGAUCCUAUGGUUCUUGCUCUCUUUGAUACGGCUGGUCAGGAGGAUUAUGAUCGGCUGCGUCCCCUUAGUUAUCCGCAGACGGACAUUUUUUUGUUGUGCUUUUCAGUUGUCAAUCCCACCUCCUUUGCUAAUGUGAAAGAGAAGUGGUUCAACGAAGUGAAACAUCACGCGCCAAAUACGCCAUAUCUUUUGGUUGGCACGCAGAUUGAUCUUCGAGACGACACUGCCACCUUAGAUAAAUUGAUGCGUAAUCGACAAAAGCCGAUUUCUUAUGAACAAGGCGAAAAAUUGGCUAAGGAGAUAAAGGCUUACAAAUACGUCGAGUGCUCUGCACUCACACAGUGUGGCUUAAAAAAUGUUUUCGACGAGGCCAUUUUGGCGACUCUCGAGCCACCACAAACCAAGAAAGCUCGAUGUCGAGUUCUUUAA